AAAUACGAGCAGUUUGCACUUGGCUUUCGGAAUGGCAGUUUACGGAAUAGUGGGUACGGUGCUGGUCCUCUUCCUGCUCGGAGAAGCAUCAGAUGCGGAGCCAACUGGACGAAUUGUGGGCGGAAGCGACCAGGUGAUUCGUAAUGCCCCCUGGCAGGUGUCUAUUCAGAUCAGUGCGCGCCACGAGUGCGGCGGAGUUAUCUACAGCAAGGAGAUCAUCAUCACGGCUGGACACUGUCUACAUGAGAAAUCCGUGACCCUGAUGAAGGUGCGUGUGGGUGCACAGAAUCACAACUACGGCGGCACAUUGGUGCCUGUGGCGGCGUACAAAGUCCACGAGCUGUUCGAUUCCCGUUACCUGCACUACGACAUUGCCGUGCUCCGCCUGUCCACACCACUGACCUUUGGCCUCUCCACCAGAGCCAUCAAUUUAGCCAGUAAGAGUCCAUCGGGUGGAACGACAGUCACUGUCACCGGCUGGGGUCACACCGAUAACGGAGCCCUCUCCGAUGGCCUGCAGAAGGCCCAGCUGCAGAUCAUCGAUCGCGAGGAGUGUGCUUCGCAAAAGUUUGGCUAUGGUGCGGAUUUUGUGGGCGCAGAAACAAUAUGUGCCGCCAGCACUGAUGCAGAUGCAGAUGCCUGUACAGGAGACGCUGGAGGUCCAUUGGUGGCCAGUAGCCAGCUGGUGGGAAUUGUAUCCUGGGGCUACCGGUGUGCGGACGACAACUAUCCCGGUGUCUAUGCCGAUGUGGCCAUUUUGCGACCUUGGAUAGUCAAGGCGGCCAAUGCCAUAUGAAUACAUUCAGCAAAAUAAAGAGCAUCUUUAAAGAUUUGGAAUACCAA